UUUUUUACUUGUGUUUGUUGAUAUUUGUGUUACUUGACAAAGUAAAAGUAAACAGUAAAAUUUUAAAUUAAAUUGCCUAUUAAUAACUCAAUCACUUAAUAAAUAGGAAAAAACUUUGCGUUAUAUCCUCUUUUAUAACUUGUAAAAACGAUUGAAAAGAAAAUGAAUCAUCCAGAAGUUAACCUAAUGCUUUUACAAAGGAAGCCGGACUCUGUGGAAAUCAACGAUUUAAAUUUUAAUAGCGGCAUUUUGGCUAAACAUAGGUCUAUCUUAAGAAAUGCAAAAUUCUGGCAUAAAUUUAUUGUAACCAAUACUGCAGGUUUAACAAGAAAUGAAGUUCUGAAAGUAAUACUUGACCACUUGCAUCCUUUAGACUUAAUUCCUGUAUUUUAUACUAAAGAUUCCCUUAAUUCUAAUUCAUAUUUUUUUGCAAGAAAUUGCGAAGCUGCUAUUGAGAAAUUAUGCCAAGAUAAUUUGACUAUUCCUCGUAGCAAAACUGAUUCAUUCCGAAUAAGUAUUAUUUUAAAUUUUGCUAACACUGAUGAUGUUAAAAUUGAUGUACAGAAAAAUGUGUUUAUUGUUUUAAAAAAAAGGUUUAAUUCUGAAACUCAAGUUUUGGAUUUGAACAGUUUUUACUCAGAUCCAGACUUGACCGAAUACUGCCCUCUUUCCCAGCCAAAAAUUAUGUAUUUUGUGCUUCAUAUUGCCAAGAGUUUCGCUUUUGAAAAACUAAUACUUUCAAAUAAUGGAAUAAAGCUUCUAAAUCCUCUUGAUGUGUUGAUUGGUUUAAAAUUAACUUCUAUUGAUUUAAGUCACAAUGAGCUUCAGUCAUUAAAUGACUUAGGGUCAUUAAAACAUUUUAAUGUGAAAAAUUUAAAACUAACAGGGAACAAGUUUUGUGACUGUGAAGAAGAUGAAUAUAUUAAUACAAUUCGCCUUUUGUGUCCUACUGUUAAACUCUUGGAUGGUAUACUCGUUAGUUCUGAUAAGAAUCCAAGUUCAAAAAGAUAUUCUCUUUGUGACUAUAGUUCCAUCGACCUGGUGAACCAAUUUUUAGAACAUUUUUUCUCGGUAUAUGAUGUUGAUCGACGAGCGCUCUUAGGUUUGUACCAUCACCAAGCUAUGUUCUCUUUGACUUGCGUUUAUUUGUCCGGACAAUUGUCCUCUUCAACAGCAUUCCUUAAGUCAUACAGUAACAUAUCAAGGAAUUUAAAGAAAUGCGCAGAUCUUACUAAACCUUUUGAAGUACUAUUUCAAGGGAGAGAGAGGAUAAUUGAUACUAUUUGUAAACUGCCUCCCACAGAGCAUGAUCCAUACUCCUUUACCGCUGAUUUAAUAGAUAAAACGGAAACAAGGGCUGUUAUGGUAGUAACAGGCGCAUUUCAUGAAAAACCUCAGUCCUUAUUAGACAAGGAAAGAUUUCUUGGGUUUUCGAGAACGUUUGCCCUAAUACAAGAAAACGGCGAAUGGUUUAUAAUGAAUGAUAUGCUUCACGUUUACAACGGAUUAUCGUACCAAGAACGCAAUUCAUUUCAGAACGCUUUUGAACCAAAUAAACUUAUUAAUAAAGAACUUAUUCCUAAACCACAAGAAAAAAGUGAUUAUUCAGAUUUAAUUUCGACCAUGAGUAAAAUUGCAAAUUUAAAAGAGGACUGGGCUAAAAAAUGUCUUGAAGAAUGCUCGUAUGAUUUAAAGGCGUCUUUAGAACUGUUUGUUAAAUUGUACAAGGAUGACAAGUUUCCUCCACAAGCAUUUAUUACUGGAUAAUUCAUUGUAAGGUUAAAAUUGUGUUUAUUUAAUUUAGUGUAAGUUUUAUACAGCGUUUGGUUUAAUCAAGAUUUUCAUUGUUCCAUUUUUUUUGAAAUUGGCAAUAAAGAAGAUUUUGAAUGUCAAAAAAUGAAAAUAUGAUUUACUUUAAAGUUACGUUAAGGCCCUGCUUUAACGCUUUUUAUACUUUUAAGUUUUACAGAAUUUCAACGAGUAAAUCUUUUAUAAUUAGUUUUAGUUAUUAGUCUAUUUUCCUUGAGGUAAAUAAACUACUCAAUAUUCAAUGACAUAAAAAGUGAAAGCCGAAAUAUGUUACACCAGAAUCACACUUUGAACCUACAACUCUUUCCCUCUUCGUUUGCAAACCAACCAUAAGUGAAAGCUAAACAAAGCGCGGCAAUCCUUGUCGUACGUAAAAGCAUAUGCCGUAACUUAUUUAUUAUGUGAUAUCAUGUAAUACUGCUGCUGCAAGAAGAACUUUUCAGUAACUAAUAUUUAAUCAAUAAUUUUAAUAUUUUAGUAAUUAUCCUUGUUUACACAUAUAGCUUGUAGUAAUAGUGCAAUUAAAAGGGGAGGUCUUUAAUUUGUGGUGCUAGUGAAUAUUUGUCUAGUCUUUGGUCAUACUGUUAAAG